UUUGUAGAGCGCAUCAUGCGAAAAAGCCUCUAUGCGCUUGGUGAUUGAGCUCUUUGAGUUGGACAUUUUGAGAAAAAAGAAAGUUGAAGUUAUUUUAUGAAACUAAAAAAAAAACCUACUUAAACUAAGUACGGUAACUCCUGAGGAAAGCGCUUUAAAUUGUCAUCAAAAUGGCAAGGAGAUUUGUUCAUGAGAUCCAAAAUGUUGCAGCGAGCGUUUUUCAUCGAGUUGCUGGCACAGAAGAGAAUGAAAGUCUCCAAACUUUAGCAGUGAGCGUUUUUCAUCGAGUCGUUGGAACAGAAGAGAAUGAAAGUGGUAACGCAGGAAAGAUAAGACCGAAUUGGCAUGGAACAUUUGAUAUCUCCCUCAAGUUAGUUGUUGCCAGUCGGAAAGUACACCAGUCCUUUACUUUGCUUGAUGCAGAGGUGACGCGUAAACGUGUUAUUAGACUAACAACGCUAACGCGUUACAAGAAGAUUGAUGGGAUCAACGAUUGUUUGAGAAAAAUAUCUCGUCUGACUCCUGCGUUCCUUAAGACGCUGUCCAAAUAUGGAUAUAUGUAUGGUGUGGAAGCGGAAUGGUUUCAGAAAAUAGCAAAGUCUUUCAGAAAGGAGGCCAUGAAUAUGUUUGAGUCAAGCUAUCACAUGCAUAACGCGUUGAUCGAAAAUGAUGACUGUUUACUUGAAGAGAGUAUUAACUCGAUCAUCGAUUCAUUGAACGUCAUAAUGGAGAUCAAAGAAAGAAUUAUUGCCGAAUUUUCCAAGAUCAAGCAUGAAGAACGUGGCAUCUCGAAAGAAGACAAUCUCUUUUGGCAGAAUAUCAAAUCGACAUCUUGCAGUGUUGCCGGACUGAAAAAGAUUUUACCACCAGCAUACAAAGUAUCACUGCGCCUUCUCAUAAAGAAAGUCCAGGCUGAUUCGAUUGCAUCAAAAUACAAGUGAAAUUUCUUAUGGCUUACUAGAAAUGACAUUUAAAGCUCACGUCAUUGCACGAUAAAUUCUUGGUCAAAUAAUAAAUGAUGGUUGAGCAAAUUAACAAGUGAAUGGUAUACAAAUUGGAGAAGAGGAUUUGCGGUGUCCUGACCGUCAGCAUAUCUAAUUGCAUGUGUUAAGACAGUGUGUAUGGAAAUUGUAACACACACUUGGAACUUCCCAUAAGGACAAUCCAAAACCUUAAGAAUUUCCUAAUGGAAAAAUCCCAAAAGUAUAGGCUAUACCAUUGGCGUCAUAGCUCAAUUGGUAGAGUAUUCGAACGACUUGUUAAAUAUUUCUGGGAAUCGGGACAAUACGGUUUUUUUUAAUUAAAAUUAUUAUAAUUAUAUAAUUAUAAUUUAUGUUUUACUUAUGCAAUACAUGUACUGUACAAUGCUGUUUAUGUUGUAAAUAUUGCAAUAGACUGGUUGUUGCAAUUCUGUCAGUUUAUUAAGUUUAACAUGAAAAUGUUUAUUAUUUGUUCAUGCGAUGUAAACAUAAAUUGUCUUCGAACAAUAAAGCACCAUUUAUCAUGUGCAUUAAGUACAAUUUCACACUGGUCUGAUAUUAUAUAGAUGGCUUGCAGUAGCGGAUUCAAAAGUGGGGGAGGCUGACAAGCCGGCCCGGGCCCCCUAAAAUUUAAACAAAUUUACGGUAUAAAAAAAAUUGAGAAAAAAUAUAAUUAUAAUAAAAUUUAAGUCUAAGAGAGUGCCAUUUCCGGCCAUGUAGAGGUGCCAUAAUCAUAAAUUGAUCAGCCCAACCAUGGUGGGGCUGAUAGUGGGUGGAUCCACUAUAAUAUGUGAAAGACCUUCACUGGGCCCUCUCGAUUGCGAAUUCCUGGAUCCACCACUGAGCAUUUGGCUAUAGAGCCACCUGUUAUCCGUACACAAUAACGCUGCCUAUCCAACCUCAAUUACACAAAUACAUUUUGGGACGGUCAUGGUGCCUUAUCCAUGUAAUAGUAGGGGGAUGGGGAUUUUAUAUUUUUAUAGACACUUAUAGAGACAUUUUAUCUCCAUACUGUUCUAAACAUUAAGGACACAAAAUUCAUUUUCUUCUAAAUAGUACCAUCUUUGGUUCGAAGUCUUUCCGUAAUGUGUCUUAUUUGCAAACGGAUCUCAUCAAUACAGAUUCACAUCGAAAACCUAAUCUUUUAGCUUCAUAAUUUAGUACUGCACAAGUGUUCAUCAUAACGCUUGUCAUGUUUUAGUUUUUGACGUACGGUUUACCAAAAUGUUUUCAACGGUUUCUUUGAAAUCUAAAAUAGAUUUGACCUAUGACGAGUAAAGCGAGGACAAGAAGAGGACAAUAAAAAGACAAUAAGGAUAAAACACCACAAUAAUUUGGUUUGACACUGUUGUUUGAAUUGUUGUGUUUUUAGAAUGGUCAACAAUGAUGUACUUCAUGCAUGCCUCACCCAGAAUAAAUUAAGUACUAAGUACUACAGUGUUAGCUUAGGAUUGAAGUUUGUCGAGUGAGCAGUCUACCAUUUCUUACGAAAUACGAAAUCUACAAUACGAAAUCUGAUUUUAUUUAUAAUUUUUGAUUAGCUUCGAAAUUUCGCAAUGAGCGUUUUCGACCAAACUUUCGAAAACGAAGAGGAUAAACGUCAAAACUUAGUGGAGGUAAGACCAAAUUGGCCUGGAUCACUGGAUAUCUCUCUAAAGCUGAUAGUUGCCAGCCACAAAGUUAGCCAGUCGUUUUCCUUAAUUGAUACAGCCGUGACGAAUUUAAGCAAUGAGCGUAAACGCGUUAAACUAGCAACCCUAACGCAAUACAACAAGAUUGGUGGGAUCAACGAUUGUUUGAAAGUAAUAGUAAGUCUCACUGCGGAAUUCAUAAAGACGUUGUCCAAAUUUGGAUAUAUGUAUGGUAAUGACGCAGCCUGGUUUCAGAAGAUAACAAAUUAUUUCAGAAAGGAAGCCAUGAAUAUGUAUGAAUUUAGCUAUCGUUUGCGUGAAGCAUUGAUCAACGACGAUUGCUGCCUACUUGAGGAGAAUAUUAACUCUAUCGUCAAUUCUCUGAAACUUAUAAUGGAAAUCAAAGAGAAGGUCAUCUCUGAGUUUUCGAAGAUCAGGAACCAGCAGCGUGGCAUCACGAAAGAAGAUGGAGUUUUUUGGCAGAAAAUGGAUACGACGGCUAGCAGCGUUGCUGAACUCAGGAAGAGCUUGCCACCUGCAUACAAAAUAUCUUUGCGAGAUCUCGUGAAACGAGCCCAAGUCGAUGAAUACAUUACGCUGAUGGAAGAUGCGCAUUGAAUUAAAUAUAUUGUAGCACCACGGACUGACCUGGUAGGGACAUAAGCAGUAGACCGAGACAUAAUAUGUUAGUAACAAUAUCCUGGUUCACACGAUGGUUCAAUAAUCGCAUAAAAAGUUAACCCAUCUUAUGUACAGUUUGUAUAUAAGUUAGUUGUUGUAAGGAAGUAAUUUUUUUUAAUCUUUUGUAUAUCUUGGUAAAACAGACCUGAUGUUACCAUCAAUAUUGAUGAUAGGCGGCCACUAUAUUUAUAUUCAUAUUUUUAUUUAAUUUCUAAGCCAUGAAAUAUUCGCACUUAUGGCAUAGUGAGAGCCACUUUACCGUCCCAUCACCAGUUAAAGCUGAAGUACCUAACUAAACAUGGCCGGCCAAGAAUGGUCAGUAUGUGGUUCAAAUCCUCGACAACGAGGUUCACAACAUAAAUGGAAAUCGCUACGCCAAAUCCCUUUCUCCUUUGGUAUGGAGAUACACCUUGCCUAGUGUUAUUUGAAGAGGAUAAUAAGUAUUUGAGUAAAACGUAUGUCCCCCAACUGGAUACGAACCAAAGACCCGUUCGUAUACUCUACCAACUAAACUAUGAGGACAAGUAGUAUACACCUAUUGUUAUUUUAUGUUAAUAAUGAAUAUUAUAAUGCCUUCAAGUCUAGUAAAAAAUAUGCGUGUGAUAAAUAUACAUGUCUAAUGGAUACAUUUUAAGUCACUCUUAAAUAUAUUAGGAAUGGAAUGGAAGGAAUAUGAAUUAAUUAUUUUAGCCUGCUAUUUAUAACUUUUUUAAGUGAUUUGAAAUAUAUUUCACACACACCUUCAAUAAUUAAUUUAGAUUUAUCGAAAAUUGUAGCUUUAUGAUCAUGACUAGUUUGCUUGUUGUAGCAUGAUAACUAAAAAUUGUAGCGCUAGGUAGCACAAACUAUUUUCAUAUUUUAAAGGCUUAGUGUAUGAAAAUAAGAAUGUACAAAAGUAUAAUUGUAAAUUUAAAUAUGCAAUACAAUCUCUCCAUUUACUCCCAAUAUCAGAGUCAGAUAAACAAAUAAAAGAAAGUCUUCGCUUUAGAAAAAAAUAUGAGGUAUGCCAAGGAAAAAAAAAACAAUACCAAAAUUAAGAGAAAUUAUUUAAAAAAAUAUCAAUGAUUGAAAUAGCGAGGGGAUAUGACGGUGGUAUAUCUAUCAAAUAAUUAUUAACCGAAAUAAAACGAUAACUGAUGAAAGUGUGAAAGAAACUUAUUCGAUAUAUUGCCUGGAUUAGUUUAUUUUUAGUGAAAUCAUGGGGAUGAUUACAACGUUGUACAAUAUAUAUUUGUUGUCGUUAGAGAUGAAAUAUAAUGUUUGUAUGUUGGUGCAACAUCUACUAAAUAAGACUUUGAACAAAGAUUCAAACCUACCAAUAACAAGAUGCUAAACAUUAAUAUAUAAUAAUUAAAGAUUAUUGUUGGAUAAAUGACGGUUCGAAAAAAUA